ACUGUUCCUCUCCUUUCGCCUGCUCUCUUUCUAGACUUGUCUGCCCCACUUUCACGUGACGAACUUCAAAACAUCAUUCACUCACUUCAAGUUCCAGACAACCUUCACAACAUUUCACUAGACCUCAGUUUUUGUCACAAACAGUGCGCGAAGAAAACGAAAAAAUCUUUCACUGUAUCUGCGCACUUAUCAGUCCGCUCAAGCAUCUUACGCGGGGCUUUUUCGGCGCGCCCUAAUCCAUACAUAGUGAUACAAUUCGACUCAUAAUGCCAAGAACUGUCGAACACAAUAAGAGCGCAGGCCCGCCGACUAUGGAUGCGCCCAGUAUCUGACCAAGAGAUAGUGCGAUGGAAGGUCAAUUAGACAUUUUUGGACAGCAAUCAUUCUUCACGAUAAAUACGCAGAUAUGCUUCGCCUUCACGACAAGCGACACCUCAUCCCACGAAACGAUAGUCGGGAUGCUGAACAAUGGGCUCGCGAGAUUAUCUGCGGCCUUCCCGUGGCUAGCAUGCGAUGUCGUUAACGAGGGCUCAGGGAACGGUAGCACAGGCGUAUACAAGUUCAAGGCGUCAGCAGGCGCGCACGCUGUCGUCGUAAAGGAUCUCAGUCGCGAUACCUCAAUACCAACAAUGGACAGUUUUGUGCGUGCUGGGUUUCCGAUAUCCAUGCUAGAUGAAGAGAUGGUCGCACCUCGCAAGACGUUUACAGACCAGACCCACUCAAAAUCAGCACCGGCUUUCCUUAUUCAAGCCACUUUCAUUCCCGGGGGCCUCCUGCUGACGUUUCUCGCACAACAUAAUACCAUGGAUAUGACCGGUCAAGCGCACAUGAUACGCCUCUUUUCCAAGGCUUGCUGCGGUGCCCAGUUCACAAGCGACGAGCUUUUCCAUGGCAAUAUCGAGCGACAUAAUAUCGUCCCCUUGCUGGAAGAUUCAUAUAUUCCCGGUCCGGAGCUCGAUCGCCAUAUCGUAAAGUCCAGUACAGAAAGUCCGGCUUCAGACCAAAUGUCAUCACCACGGCCGAACUACGUGUGGGCUUACUUCGGUUUUUCUUCCAGGUCACUUGCAGCCCUCAAAUCGAUCGCGACGGAGUCAGUGACCGCCCCCGCGUACAUAUCUACCGAUGAUGCCCUGACUGCCUUAAUCUGGCAAUCUGUUCAACGAGCUCGUCUACCACGUCUUCAGCCCGCUGCUAGAUCGUCGAUAGCCCGUGCCAUUGAUGUACGAUCGGUACUUAAAAUCUCGCCUUUGUACCCGGGGCCGAUACAAGACAGCGCAUACACUACGAUCUCGCUUGAAACAUUAGUGUCAAGGCCCUUGGGAACUAUCGCUCUGCACCUCCGAUCAGCACUAGAUCCUGCAUCAGUCGAGUUUCAUGCUCGCGCCGUUGCGACUUUCCUCAGCCGUACAGCAAAUAAAGCCAUCUUCUCUUCCACGGCCGACUUUGACAUGUCGAGAGACUUGAUACUCAGUUCAUGGUCAAAGGUACAGACUUCCGAUUUGGACUUCGGCCUUGGGCUCGGCAGACCCAAAGCCGUUCGGAGGCCGCGUUUCAAGGCAUUGGAAGGGUUGGUUUUCCUUAUGCCGAAGUCGCUGGAAGAGGAUGUGGCAGCCGCGAUAUGCUUGAGAGAAGAAGAUAUGAACCGGCUGAAAACGGACGCUUACUUCGGUACAUAUGCACAGUACAUAGGAUGACGAUGAUAGCUAGUGUAUCUCUGAAGGAUUGCGAUGUACAUUUAGUCUAUCAAGUCACUUGUUUAAAAUCUACUUCAGUGAUACUUCUUUGCUGGGACAGAAGGCGCAAUGACAAAGUCGCUGUGCUCUCAUUCCCAACAGAUGUCCUCGGCGUGC